AUGGUCGGGCUCUCAAGAUCAGAAAUCGCCCGCCUGAGCCUGAGAUCUCUUCUCCGGGUCCUUCAUCCGCUGGCCCGGCCGGUCUUCAGACCGCCAUACUCCCACUGCGCCAGCGAUAAUAGGUUUGCUCGCCUCUUACCAUUUCAAAACCUUCAUGAGAUCCAAAAUAACAGAGACGGGACCACCCGAAGCGGGCAGAUCAUCAUCGAUAUCCAGCGUCACCGCCGCCGGCGCGGCAGGGUAACUGGCGCAGUGAAUGUCGAUCAUCGCGGACAUCAUCCCGCCAACUCGCGUGUGGUCGGCGCAUUUCCCACCGGCUCAUCGCGUUGGCUGGCCAGCCCUGCGCCCGAUCCCGGCAGCUUGCCCAGCGCCGUGCAAGCCCGGAUCGUCACGCAGAGCGUCGAGAUCAUCGGCGUCUCGGCUGCACGCGACGCGGAACACGCGGGCACGCAGUAUGUCAUCAAGGUGAUGGAUCACCCGCAGGAUCGCGCGGAUCGGCAAUGCAGCCGCAAGCCGCCGGCAAGCCCCAUCGCGCGCUCGGCCCAGCAGCAGCAGAACACCGCUAUCCGGAGCGCGCUAAGCCUGUUUUCCUCAUGUGACGCUACGGCCCGACCCGUCGCGUACCGCCGUGCUGUUUGGAGCCCGGCUAUCUGCGCGAGGUUUCGACGCUGGCACGACCCGCACCUGGUGAAAAACGGUCAAUCUGAUCCCGUCGUUCGGCGAGGCGGAGCCGACCUGUCAGCUGGAGGGCGUCACCGCGUCCUCGAUGAGAACCACCGCGACGUCGACACGAUGCUGCGGCGGCGUUUUGACGAGGUCGCCGAUCACUUCUCCGACGGCGCGAUCGCUGCGACGAUGCGCGACGCCGACUGA